GGUGCUCAGGGAGAGCGGAACUGGCCGGGGAGCGAGGGCGGGGCCAGGGCAGGUAGAGCUGCCCCGCGGCCAGCGCUGAGGGACCCAUGAAGUGCCGCUGCCGCCUCUGCGUUUUCGGUAAUUUCUGGCCCUUCCGGUCGCCUUCUCCCCUGAGCGCCCACCCUGGACCCGCCCUAUGCCCCGUGGCCGACUGCGGGCGGCAGCGAGGGGCCUCCGCCGCCUCGGCCGUCUGCUCUCCCGCUCAGGCCUGCCCCUCCCCCCGUGCUUUGCAGACGCGGCCAGGGGGCCCCGGCGGCUCAUGCGCGUGGGCCUGGCGCUGAUCCUGGUGGGCCACGUGAACCUGCUGCUGGGGGCCGUGCUGCACGGCACCGUCCUACGGCACGUGGCCAACCCCCGCGGCGCCGUCACCUCGGAGUACACCACCGCCAAUGUCAUCUCCGUGGGCUCCGGGCUGCUGGUGAGCGGGGCCGGGCCGUGGGGCGGGCGGUUGGCGCUGGAGAGCGGCGCGGGCCUCAGGUUUUGUUUCUUCCAGAGCGUUUCCGUGGGACUUCUGGCCCUUUUGACAUCCAGGAACCUUCUUCGCCCACGACUGCACUGGGCCCUGCUGGCACUAGCCCUGGUGAACCUUCUCUUGUCUGCUGCCUGCUCCCUGGGCCUCCUCCUCGCUGUGUCAUUAACUGUGGCCAACGGCGGCCGCCGUCUUAUUGCUGACUGCCACCCAGGACUGCUGGAUCCUUUGUUACCACUGGACCAGGGGCCUGGACACACUGACUGCCCCUUUGACCCCACAAGAAUCUAUGAGACAGCCUUGGCUCUCUGGAUCCCUUCUUUGCUCAUGUCUGCAGCGGAGGCUGCUCUGUCUGGUUACUGCUGUGUGGCUGCGCUCGCCCUACGUGGGGUUGGGCCCUGUAGGGAGGAAGGGCUACAGGAGCAGCUGGAGGAACUGACAGAGCUUGAACUUCCUAAAUGUAGGAGGCAGGAAAAUGAGCAGCUACUGGAUCAAACUCGAGAAAUCCAGAUACCACAGAAAAGUUGGGUUUAGGGACAGCAGGUGCUGAUCCGGAGGCUCAGUCCACAAGGAUCUUCCACUGACCCCUAGGAUAUGUUUAUAUAAUAACAGUUGUAAUAAAAGAACUUCUACUUCA